AUGGAAGGCGUCGCCGUCGACGACGCUCCCAAGAGCGCGCUCGACGCGGUCCUCCUCAAGUCCGUGGACAUGCCCGAGGGCACGCCCACGGUCCGCGGGUACGACUUCGAGGGCGCGCUGGACCUGCAAGCGAUGUUGGACACGAUGCUCACGUCCGGGUUUCAAGCGACGCAGCUCGGCAGGGCGGUGAACGAGGUGAACCGCAUGAUCCGAUGGCGCCUCGCGGACGAGCCGAUCGAGGACGACGAGAAGGAGGAGGAGAAAGACCCGGCGUUCCGCGCGGCGUGCCGGUGUAAGAUAUUCCUGGGGUUCACGUCCAACUUGAUAUCCAGCGGCGUGCGCGAGCAGCUGCGGUUCCUUCUGAAGCAUAAGAUGAUCGACGUCCUGGUCACCACCGCGGGGGGCGUGGAGGAGGAUCUGAUCAAGGCGCUCGCGCCGACGUACUUGGGGGAGUUUCACUUGAAAGGCGCGGAGCUUCGGAAGCAAGGUCUGAACCGGAUCGGGAACCUCAUCGUCCCGAACGACAACUACUGCAAGUUCGAGGACUGGAUCAUGCCGAUCCUCGACGCGAUGCGAAGGGAGCAGGACGAGGCGGGAACGCGGUGGACGCCGUCCAAGGUGAUCCGACGGCUCGGGUUGGAGAUACGGGACGAGAGCUCGGUGCUGUACUGGGCGGCGAAGAACGACAUCCCGGUGUACUGCCCCGCGCUGACGGACGGCAGCAUCGGGGACAUGAUGUACUUUCACUCGUUUAAAAACCCCGGGCUCGUCGUCGACAUCGUCGCGGACGUGCGCGCGAUGAACGACGAGGCGAGGCUCGUGUCGAGGCCGAAGAAGACCGGGAUGCUGAUCCUCGGCGGCGGCGUCGCGAAGCACCACAUCAAUAACGCGAACUUGAUGCGUAACGGCGCGGACUUUUCCGUUUCGAUAAACACCGCGCAGGAGUUCGACGGGAGCGACUCGGGCGCCAAGCCGGACGAGGCGGUGUCGUGGGGGAAGAUUCGCCCGGAGGCGACGCCCGUGAAGGUGUGCGCGGACGCGACGUUGAUGUUCCCUCUGCUCAUCGCGCAGACGUUUAAGAAGCACUUCGAGGCGAAGAAGUGAGCGAGUAUCACGGGCGCGGCGAGGAGGGUCGCGCGUAGAUUUUAACUCGACACGCGAGCGCGGCGUC